UGCAAUCAUCCUCAUGGCAUUUGCUCCCAAAGCUGGCUGUCCCAUGUGUGGGACUAUCGCUGACGCGGUCGCGGCUGUGCAGACUGCGAGCUCUUCCACGCCGCAUCCAAACGUGAGCCCGGAUGUCCUUUGGAAAGAUGACAAUUUUACUGCGUGCCGGGAAAGUGUGAAUCCUGUGUCCAGCAAGGGUCACAUAAUAAUAGCGUUCAACUUCCACGUCCCCUCCUUGUACCAUUUGUCAUCGAGUGACCUCCCACUCUUAGCGUCCCUUAGGGAUCUUGCUAAACGCCUCCUCUCCUCCAUUUCUCCUUCAACAGCUCCGGGGCCGGGAUACACGUCCCCCAUUCCCGCACGUAACGACGCUCAUUUCCGCAUCGGGUUUAUAACGCCGCCUUUCAGAGACAGUAAAAUCCCUGUCACGGGCCAUCUGCACGCGCACGCCUACAUCGCUCCCGCAGAUCUUCUCGGCUGGUGGAGAGGCCUCGCAUAUAGCUCACUAGCUUGGUACGCCAUCGACGAUCUGAUUGCGGAAAUUCGGUCUUCUGUCUCCAACAACCGUGUCAAGUCAGGCUACGAAGGUCGCACGAGUGCCCCAAUAGAUUCUGUACCCGAGGCGGGAGCCAGGACAGGCUUUGCGAACGGUAAUGAACAUACCAUUCCCAGCAUAGCCGUUUGCGACAAGGAACUUGGGGAA